AUGAGUUUGCCUCGGGAUCUCGAGAAAGGAACAUUGGCAGAAGAGGAACAUGAUCAGGAACAUGAAAUUGGAACGAAAACAGAAUCGACUGCAUACCAAUUCGACAAUUCGAGAAACCCUUCGCCGAAGAAUGAUGGUUCUGCAAAUGCAUCCAUCGCCGACCGAGAUUCGAAUCUUGAAGCAGUCAAAACAAUGGAUGAAGGCCCCAUCGAUGAUCUCGAGAGACAAAAGACAACCACCGAAUCAAUAAAAGUCGGCCCAUCUUCCCAUCGCGCACAUCCAAAUUCCGACUCGAACGAUAAAACCAGCACGAACUCGAAAUCCUCCAGCGGAUCCAGACUCGCCCGCAUAGCCCAUCGAUCUCAUACUCCGCGCGCCAAACUUCCACCGCGACCUAUUCCAGUCUCCAAUCUCGCAAACGGUAUCGUAGGAUGGGAAAGCCAGACCGAUCCCGAAAUGCCUUUGAAUUUUCCGGAAACGAAGAAAUGGGUGCUGACGGGUUUACUGGCUAGCAUUACUUUUAUAUCUCCGCUCGCUUCCAGUAUGUUUGCGCCCGGUGUAACAUUUGCAGACAAGGAGUUCCAUAAUUCCAGUCUGAUAUUAAGCUCUUUCACCGUGAGUAUCUUUGUCUUGGGAUAUGUCGUUGGGCCAUUAAUACUUGCGCCUUUGUCUGAGAUGUAUGGGAGAAGAUAUGUUCUUACAGGUGGUAAUAUAAUAUUUUGUGUAUGGCAGAUUGGAUGUGCAUUGGCACCUAGCUUGAGUACAUUGAUAGGAUUUCGAUUUAUGGCUGGAUUGGGUGGUUCGGGUUGUUUAACCAUCGGUGCUGGAAUGAUUGCGGAUUUAUUUCAUGCGGAUAGAAGAGGAUUGGCGACUUCACUUUUCAGUCUGGGUCCUUUGUUUGGUCCAGUUAUUGGUCCAAUAGCUGGAGGUUUCGUAGCCCAAAGAAUCGGCUGGCGUUGGGUAUUUUGGAUUCUUUUCAUUGCCGGAACCAUCAUAACUAUCGGUAUCGAAUGUCUCAACGUAGAAACCAACCCACGUCUCCUCAUAAAACGCAAAGUUGCGCGUCUCUCCAAAGAACUCAAUCGAUCUGAUCUCCGCAGCGUAUACGAUCCAAGCAAUUCAGCACAUCAUUCAAACGCUUCUGUUCUAGCAAAUGCCAUGAUUCGGCCCCUGAAAAUGUUAAUUUUUAGUCCUAUUGUGUUUAUUCUGAGUUUGUAUAUGGCGGUUGUUUAUGGACUUCUGUAUUUAUUGUUUACUACUAUUACGACGGUUUUUACGGAUAAAUAUCAUUGGGCGCCAGAAUUAGGUGGAUUAGCUUACAUAGGUCUAGGUUUUGGUUUCUUCCUUGGUCUCGUAGUAGUAGCUCGUAUAUCGGACGUUACGGUAGUCCGCAUGACGAAAGCAAAUAAUGGGAUCUUUGAGCCUGAAAUGCGAUUACCGGCUUGUAUAUUUUUUGCUUGCUUUAUACCGAUUAGUUUUUUCUGGUAUGGUUGGAGCAUUCAGGGCGGCGUUCAUUGGAUCGUUCCUAUAAUCGGCCUCGUCCCCUUCGGUUUCGGUAUGAUGGGUAUCUUCAUUCCAAUUCAAACAUACGUCAUCGACAGCUUCCCAUCCUUCGCUGCGUCAGGAAUCGCAGCAUUAACAGUAUCACGGUCGUUAUUCGGAGCAUUUUUGCCACUUGUAGGACCGGCUAUGUAUGCAAAAUUAGGUUACGGGUGGGGAAAUAGUGUUUUGGGAUUCAUUGCACUGGCGUUAAUUCCGGCGCCGAUGAUAAUUUAUAAAUUUGGAGGGAGGGUGAGGAAAAGGUUUCCUGUUAAGCUUUAA